GGUCCUUGUAAGUGUGCGGGGCAGCUCGUACCUGGAACCGCGGGGCAACUACUCCAAGCUUGAGCUCCCUUUUCAUCACCUUACCCUUCUUCCUCUCCCAUAUUUCAACCCACCUUCCACCCUUUUUCUCCUUUGCGGUCCUCACUUGGCUGGUCCAAUUCUCAAGAUACCCCCAAAAACCAACGUCACCAUGUCCGGCCCCGUCCCCAUCGCCAACUCGCUCGAGGACAUCUACACCCCCGACGCCCUCGACACGCAAACAAAACGAUGGAACAACCUCCUCUCCAAGUUUGAGUCCACCUACGGCCACCAGCCCGAGUUCGUGUCCCGGUCUCCCGGUCGAGUGAACAUCAUCGGCGAGCACAUCGACUACUCUCUGUACUCGGUGCUUCCCAUGGCCAUCACCGCCGACGCCAUCCUCGCCGUGUCAACACACCUUCCAGCUCCCAAGGAGGGCACCUUCAGGAUCCAGAUCGCCAACGUGCAGGAUUCCAAGUUCAAGUCUCGCGAGUUCGACAUCCCCUAUGACUCCGUGGACAUUGACUCUACCGUUCACGAAUGGACCAACUACUUCAAGUCCGGCCUGCGCGGAGCUCUGGAGCUGUUGCGCAAGAAGCACGGGGCCGACUUCAAACCCAAGAGCAUGCAGAUUCUCAUGGACGGCACCGUACCUGCCGGCGGAGGACUCAGUUCGAGCGCGGCCUUUGUCACGGCUAGUGCUUUGGCUGUCAUGGCGGCCAAUGGCGAGCAGACGGUUGACAAGAAGGAGUUGACGGAGCUGGCUAUUGUCAGUGAGAGAGCCGUUGGUGUGAACUCUGGAGGAAUGGACCAAUCCGCCUCCGUCUUCUCCGAGCGCGGCUCCGCCCUCUUCGUCUCCUUCACGCCCACCCUCCUCGCCCGCCCCGUCUCCUUCCCGCCCACCUCCCCCGAACUCACCUUCCUCAUCGCCCAAUCCUUCGUCACAGCCGACAAGUUCGUGACCGGUCCCAUCCACUACAACCUGCGAGUCGUCGAAUGCACGCUCGCAGCAGCCUACCUCAACGCCGUGCUCAACCCACCCGGCACUUUAUUGCCAGGUGACGCCUCUCCCCUGGGCAUCUCCCUCCACGGUUUUCACGAAACCUAUUUCGCCCUAUCUGAGCACAACUCGGGCGCCACCUCGAGCAAAUCAGUGUCAGAGCAACUCGAGGAGCUGCUCCAGCUAACCAAGCAAACCCUCACCAAAGAAGAGGGCUACACCCGCUCCGAAAUCGCCACGGUCCUCGGCCUUUCGUCGGUCGACGACCUCAACCAAAAAUUCACCUCCCGCUUCCCCGUGCGCGCCGAGCGCUUCAAGCUGCGUCAACGAGCGAUCCACGUCUUCAACGAAGCGUUGCGCGUGCUCAAGCUCAUGGAUCUUCUCGAAAACUCCCCUUCUUCUUCAUCAUCUUCUUCGUCAUCAACUACAACAGACCUCAACAGCCGCCUAGGCGCCCUGCUCAACGAGACGCAAGAUUCGUGUCGGGAGGUGUACGAGUGCUCGUGCGAGGAGAUUGAUCGGAUUUGCGCGAUUGCUCGGAAGGCGGGCAGUUACGGGAGUCGGUUGACGGGUGCUGGAUGGGGUGGGUGUAGUGUGCAUUUGGUGCCGGCGGAUAAGGUGGAUGCGGUCAAGGAGUCGUUGGAGAGGGAGUAUUAUAGUAAGUUGGAGUUGACGGAGGAGCAGAGGGAGGGGGCGGUGGUGGUUAGUAAGCCGGGGAUUGGAAGUGCGCUUUAUUUGGGUGGGAAGGGGGGGUUGGCUUGAUGGAUGGUAAAUAGGGGUUUGUGUUUACUUAUGAAGCCCCUGGUUGAAGCAAGCAUGAUGGGGGAAUAAUGAAAGUUUAACAUACACCAGUUGUGAGUUGAAGCGUGGG